GUGUGGAUGGACCAUAAAUUAAUGGGAGAGAGAUGAGCAUAGACUCAACUAACUAACCCACUCAACCAUAUCAACUAGUCUUUCAAGAUAUUUUAUUCAAUUCAAAAUCUCCAUCUUCGGAUCUUGAACUUUCAGAUCUGCUCUAGCUAGCUUAACAGACCCAAGGAAGAAAAAGCUCCUCGAUCAUCAGUUUCAAGUUUUCAACCAAACACAAUGAUGAAGCACAACGAUGAUCACAGAAACAACAAGGUCUCCCCCAAGCUCGUGGCCAAGGAGACCUCCGUGGCCAAUUCGUCUUGCAGAGUCUACUACGGCGCCGCCGCCGGAGCGGUUCCGUUCGUGUGGGAGUCGCAGCCAGGUACUCCUAAGCACACUCUUUCCGAGACCUCUCUUCCUCCUCUAACUCCUCCUCCUUCAUAUUCCUUCAACACAACUCCGAAACACUCGUCCUCAUCCAUGCAAAGAAGCGGCUCUAGAGCUAAAGCGCUUCUGGACUCCAUUUUCCCUAGGGUGCUGAAAUGGAGGAAGGCCGCCCGGAACAUGUCGCCGUCUUCUUCGGUGUCGUGGUCGUCGUCCUCAUCCUCAUCGUGCUCGUCGACUUCUUCAAAGGGCACCCAGAAACGUUACUCGGUUUCGAGGGUGCCAUUUGGCUACGACGACGAGGAUGAGGAUGAGGAUCUAACGAGGUCCGGAUCGCCUACUUCGACUUUGUGCUUUGGGAUUAAACGCAAAAGUAGUGAUUACUUCAGAGGCUGCAAUUCGGUGCGGAAGAUCAAGUUUGCCUCCAUGUCCAUUGCUAGUCAUGACCAAUCACGCCGAGGUCGUACUGCUGAGAAUUGAUAUAUUCUAUGUAUGUUCAUCGAUUGUGUUAAAUCUCUUUUUGUAUUAAUCUGUGGAACGGUAUGUGUGUGUCCAUUAAUUGAUGUCAUAUAUCUCUAUGAUGUAUUAAUUCUCGAACAUAA